UUGAAGUUGCAGCAGUGCGGGGACACAGAGGCGUCCGGUGGGAGCCGGUGGCAGAGCCAUGGCGGGCGAGGAAGAGCGCGGGGAUGGGGACCCAGUAUCAGUGGUAACCGUGAGAGUGCAGUACCUGGAAGACACCGACCCUUUCGCAUGUGCCAACUUCCCGGAACCACGCCGGGCCCCCACCUGCAGCCUGGACGGGGCUCUGCCCCUGAGCGCGCAGAUCCCCGCGCUGCACCGCCUCCUGGGAGCGCCUCUCAAGCUGGAGGACUGUGCGUUGCAAGUGUCCCCGUCUGGAUACUACCUGGACCCGGAACUGUCCCUAGAAGAACAGCGGGAGAUGCUGGAGGGCUUCUAUGAAGAGAUCAGCAAAGGGCGGAAGCCCACACUGAUCCUGCGGACCCAGCUCUCUGUGAGGGUCAAUGCUAUCUUGGAAAAGUUGUACGGCUCCAGUGGCCCUGAGCUCCGCCGAUCUCUCUUCUCAUUGAAGCAGAUAUUCCAGGAAGACAAGGACCUGGUGCCUGAAUUCGUACACUCAGAGGGGCUGAACUGCCUGAUCUGUGUGGGCGCUGCUGCUGACCACAACUACCAGAGCUACAUCCUUCGAGCCCUGGGCCAACUGAUGCUUUUUGUGGAUGGGAUGCUGGGGGUGGUGGCCCAUAGUGAGACUGUGCAGUGGCUAUAUACACUGUGUGCCAGCCUGUCCCGCUUGGUGGUAAAGACCGCCCUGAAGCUGCUGCUGGUGUUUGUGGAGUAUUCUGAGAGCAACGCACCGCUGUUCAUCCAGGCAGUCAACUCUGUAGCCAGCACCGCCGGUACUCUUCCCUGGGCCAACUUGGUGGCCAUCCUCGAAGAGAAGAAUGGGGCUGACCCCGAGCUGUUGGUGUACACUGUCACUCUCAUUAACAAGACGCUGGCAGCACUCCCGGACCAGGACUCCUUCUAUGAUGUGACGGACGCUCUGGAGCAGCAGGGCAUGGAAGCACUGGUGCAGCGCCUCCUGGGCACCGCUGGUACUGAUGUCGACCUGCGGACACAGCUAAUGCUCUAUGAGAGUGCCCUUCGGUUAGAGGAUGGAGAUAUGGAAGAGGCUGCAGCAGCUGCAGCCGCAGGCGGCCGACGGGAGCGGAGGAAGCCAUCCUCGGAGGAGGGCAAAAGGAGCCGGAGAUCCCUAGAAGGUGGAGGCGGUCCUGUGCGUGCCCCAGAACCAGGCUCCACAGGCCCUGCUUCACCGGUAGGCGCCAUCUCCUCCACUGGCCCCACCUCGCCUGCAAGUCCAGCCUACAGCCCCCCUGGCCCAGCCUCUGGCCUCCGUUCCUCAGUGAACCUCUUCCCUACCAUUUCUGUGGGACCCUCAGUGGACAGUUCCUGUGAGAGAAGCAUCUACAAACUUCACCAAACUGCUCCCGUUUGCGCCCCUGAGAGCCCACCUGUCCCCCAGUCCCUUACUGGGCAGGCCAGGCUAGAAGCCCGGUUCCUGGAGAACGUGGCAGCAGCAGAAACAGAGAAGCAGGCUGCUCUGGCCCAGGGCCGAGCAGAGACACUGGCUGGGGCCACUGUCGAUGAGACUGAUGGAUCAUCUGCAUCAGGCACCAGGGAGCUGUGGGACUCCUCAGAGCCAGCCUCUGCACCUCGAACACCUCGGAGCCCUGCUUCCCGAGUCCUGCUCCGGACCCAGCGAAGUCUUGAGCCAGAGCCCAAGGAGCCAGUGUCACCACCAAGUCCUAAGGCUGAUCCUAUCCAGGAACUUCCUACCCGUGUACCCAAGCUUUGCAUUGGGGACUUGGACUUCUCAGAUCUGGGGGAGGAUGAAGACCAAGACACAUUAAAUAUGGCAUCUAUGGAGUCUGAAAAAACAUUCCCACUCCUAUCACAUCCACCAUCCUCACUCGCCGGGGGGCCCCCACCUCCGCCCCCACCUCCCCCACCCAUCUUAGGCUCCUGCCCACCACCUCCGCCCCCACCUCCCCCACCCAUCUUUGGCUCCUGCCCACCACCUCCGCCCUUGGCUGCGCCUCUUGCCCACUCAGCCCUUGACGGCCCAGUCCUUCCCACCAAAAGGAAGACAGUCAAACUUUUCUGGCGGGAACUCAAACCAGCGGCGGGCUCUGGCUACUCUAGAAGCCGCUUUGGACCUUGCCCUACCCUGUGGGCCUCUCUGGAACCUGUCUCAGUAGACACAGCUCGGCUGGAGCACCUGUUUGAGUCCAGGGCCAAGGAUGUACUACCCACCAAGAAAGCUGGUGAGGGCCGCCGGACAAUGACUACAGUGCUGGACCCCAAGCGCAGCAAUGCCAUCAACAUUGGCCUAACCACUUUGCCCCCUGUGCAUGUCAUCAAGGCUGCCCUGCUCAACUUUGAUGAAUUUGCUGUCAGCAAGGAUGGCAUUGAGAAACUGCUGACCAUGAUGCCCACUGAGGAAGAGCGGCAGAAGAUUGAAGAAGCCCAGCUGGCCAAUCCUGAUGUACCCCUGGGCCCAGCUGAGAAUUUCCUGAUGACGCUUGCUUCCAUUGGAGGCCUGGCUGCACGCCUACAGCUCUGGGCUUUCAAGCUGGACUAUGACAGCAUGGAGCGGGAAAUUGCAGAGCCACUGUUUGAUCUGAAAGUGGGCAUGGAACAGCUGGUACACAAUGCUACCUUCCGCUGCAUUCUGGCUACCCUUUUGGCUGUUGGCAACUUCCUCAAUGGCUCCCAGAGCAGUGGCUUUGAGCUGAGCUACCUGGAGAAGGUGUCAGAAGUGAAGGACACAGUGCGCCGGCAGUCACUGCUGUACCAUCUCUGUUCCCUGGUGCUCCAGACCCGGCCUGACUCCUCUGACCUCUACUCAGAAAUCCCUGCCCUCACCCGCUGUGCCAAGGUGGAUUUUGAACAGCUGACCGAGAACCUGGGGCAGCUGGAGUGCCGGAGCCGGGCAGCUGAAGACAGCCUUCGGAGCUUAGCAAAGCAUGAGCUAGCCCCAGCUCUGCGUGCUCGCCUCACCCACUUCCUGGCCCAGUGUACCCGUCGGGUAGCCAUGCUAAGGGUGGUGCACCGCCGAGUCUGCAACAGGUUCCAUGCCUUCCUGCUCUACCUGGGCUACACGGCGCAGGCAGCCCGGGAAGUUCGCAUCAUGCAGUUCUGUCACACCCUAAGAGAGUUUGCACUUGAGUAUCGGACCUGUCGGGAACGAGUAUUGCAGCAGCAGCAGAAGCGGGCUACCUACCGCGAGCGCAACAAGACCCGGGGGCGCAUGAUCACCGAGACAGAGAAGUUCUCAGGAGUGGCUGGGGAGGUCCCCAGUAACCUGUCUGUCCCAGUGGCCGUGGGCAGUGGACCAGGACGGGGUGAUGCUGAUAGUCAUGCCAGUAUGAAGAGUCUGCUUACCGGCAGGCCAGAAGACACCACACACAGCCGGCGCAGCAGAGGCAUGGUCCAGAGCAGCUCCCCUGUCAUACAUACAGCAGUGGGACCCUCCAUUCCAUCCCCCGAGGAGACUUCGGGUUCCAGUUUACCCAGCGAUACAUCUGAUGAGAUAAUGGAUCUGCUGGUGCAGUCAGUCACCAAGAGCAGUCCUAGAGCCUUAGCUGCUCGGGAAAGGAAGCGCUCUCGUGGCAACCGCAAGUCCUUGAGACGGACACUGAAGAGCGGGCUUGGAGAUGACCUGGUGCAGGCACUGGGACUAAGCAAAGCUCCUGGCUUGGAGGUGUGAGCGUGCUACCACCGGGAAAUCUAUCUGGAUACAGCUACAGUACAAGAGACUGAGCACAAAGAGGGCCUGGAGUAGAAAUCUGGUUCAGAAGCCUGCACCCAGGGAACCAGUAUUGUGAGCAGUAUUAGAUGUGUGUGUGUGUGUGUGUGUAUGUGUGUGUGUGCAUGCACAUGUAUUCCGCAUGUGCGAGUUCCCUAUUUGGAACAAAAUAAUAAAGUUUAC